GUAUUAUUAUGUUUGUUACAAUGUAUUGUAUUACAUUGUAUUAUAUGUUGUCGACUAAUUUAACCUACAUUAACUAAAUGUUAGUUUAGAUCUCUCUCUCUCUCUCUCUCUCUCUCUCUCUCUCUCCCUUGUCUGUUAAACCAGUCAAAAUCACAUCCAAUACAAAACAUCCUUCUCAAAAAGGAAAGCUUGGAUAUCACUAUGUCAGUUUGGAUUGGGAGAGAGAGGGAGAGAGAGGGAGAGAGAAGGAGAGAUCAGGGAUGAAGGUAAUACAGUAAAUGCAGGAGAGGGAUAGAGGUAAAGAUAAAAAGAGAGUGAGGGGUUACAGGUGUCUUUCUUCUGAUCAUUUCUCCAGAAAAGAGCAUCUCCACCAAACAGUCAAACCUGUAAAAACAUUCCUGCAGUCAAAAAACCCCUGAAACUGCUAUGGAGUGUAAUUGCAAUUCCUCUCUGGGUCCUUUUCCCUCAUCUUACUGGAGCAGAACAGUGCUGUUCCCUGAUUGGGCGUAUAAACCGGCGUGGUCUCCAGGCUCGAGGCAGGUGCAGUUAUGGCACUUCCUGUUGGAGCUGUUGGGGCGUGGCGAAGGCGGAGCGAUCACGUGGGGCAGCGAAUGGGGAGAGUUUGUGAUCAGAGACCCGGAGAGAUUGGCCAGACUCUGGGGGGAGAGGAAGGGCAAGCCGCACAUGAAUUACGACAAACUCAGCAGAGCUUUGAGGUAUUAUUAUAAUAAGCGAAUUUUGCACAAGACCAAAGGGAAACGUUUCACCUACAAGUUUAACUUCAGUAAACUAAUCUUAGUGAACUACCCAGGUCUUCCAACGUGCUCACAGAACGCAACAUCUGUCCCUUUCUCUGUUUUUCCUUCUCAGCUUCCUUUCUACAACCCUUCCGCUGACAGGGCUGUGCAAUCAAUUUCUCAUCCCUUUCUGCUGCCCUACAACUUCCCCAAACCCCUCCCCUUUCCCCAGGUGCAUCCAAUCCGAAGGCAACACCCUCUUUUUUAUGACCCGCCUUCCCCAGGAACUAACCUAUCAGAGCUCUCGCACCUGUCGCCAGUCAACUCUGCCCUUCAGUUCGCCCAAGCUUUAAACUGGCCAGUCAAAAGCAGCACAGACUGGCCUCUCAACAGAGUCUUGGGAUUGCAAGAGAGGAGCGAAGCACAAGUCAAAAGCCACCACCAAGAUGACAGAAAAAUAUUUCCUAAGACCAUGCACUAGAGGUUUUAUUACUAUUGCUGGUUUUAUUAUAAUUAUCACAUUUUUUUUUGUUGUUUUGUUGUAAAUUAAUAAACCAUAUUGGCAGGUUGAGAACAAAGCACUUUAUAUAUUUGACACUGUUAACGAGAGAACAUGUUUAUGAAUAAUAAUUUAUCUGGAAAAAUAUAUGUGAUAACACAUUGUUAAAGAUGUCUGUCUUCAUGCGUUUAACAUUUUGAUGCAGUUUGAUGAAGUUUGGCAUUUACUGGAUGAUUAAACAUUUUGCGGUUUGAGUAUUUUAAUGCUGAAAAAGUACAAUUAUUGUUUGCAGAAUCACUUGGCCAAUCAGCUUAAUCCAUGUAAUAAAUUCUGCGACUAGCUACGAUCUUUAAUUGAAUUUUUACAUUUUAGGUCACUUUUAUAUUUGUGUAGAUGCUUUGGAAAUGUAUAGAAAGUACUGAAAGGAAAGAACUUGGAAAAUAUCGCUAGAAAGGGAAAAAAAUAGACUCACCUACGUUACCGAAGGUGUUUUACCUUCAAGUAAGCGAUUUAGAUUUAUGAUUUAAUUAUGAUUAGAUUUAUGAUUUCUUUUUAUUUUGC